AUGGCCGAUACCGAAGCGCAGAACAGAGAUGCGCCUCCGCAAAGCGCCAUCUCUCGACCGCCCGGAAAGGAGCUCUAUCCCAUGAGUAACUGGAAAUAUGACACAGUACUGUGGACCACGUCGAUCCUUGCCGACCUCUUCUUCCGCGAGGUGCACCCCCGCGGUUCGUGGAAGGUGCCUCGCCACGGCCCUGUUCUCUUCGUGGCGGCACCACAUGCAAAUCAGUUUGUCGAUGCACUGAUCCUGCAACGGACGCUUCGAAACGAGGCCAAACGACGAGUCUCGCUGCUCAUUGCGCAAAAGUCAGUCCACGGGUUUAUCGGAUGGGCAUCACGUCAGGUCGGUUCCGUCCCGGUCGGGCGGGCGCAAGACUCGGCCAAGCCGGCCAAAGGCACCAUCUACCUACCCGACCCCAUCGACGACCCGACCCUUGUUCGGGGCGUCGGCACAAACUUCACAAAGGACGCCGAGGUGGGUGGCAUGAUCUUCUUGCCCUCGAUCAAAGGGCAUAGCGGGCUGAGCGUCGACAUCGCCGAAGUUAUCGGACCCGACGAGCUGCGCAUCAAGCGGCCCUUCAAGGGCAAGAUCUCGCUGUUGCAGCUGACGGGGCGCGAUGACAUCGACGAGCACGGGAACUUUGAAAACAAGAAGGUGAAUGGCAGCAAGGAAGGUUUUGCAGGUACCAAGUACAAGCUCGCCCCCCACAUAGACCAAACCAAGGUCUACCAAGCCGUAUUCGACCGCCUCAGAUCCGGCGGUUGCGUCGGUAUCUUCCCCGAGGGAGGCAGCCAUGAUCGCACCGAGCUGCUACCCCUGAAGGCGGGAGUGGCCAUCAUGGCGCUCGGAACCCUUGCCGGUGCCCCAGACUGCGGGCUCAAGAUUGUGCCCGUCGGAAUGAACUACUUCCACGCCCACAAGUUUCGGUCAAGGGCCGUCGUCGAGUUUGGUUCGCCAUUCGAAGUCCCUGCAAAGAUUGUCGAAAUGUACCAGAACAACCAGAGACGAGACGCUAUUGGCCAGCUCCUGGACAUGGUGCAUCAAGCGUUGAGCGCCGUCACGGUCUCGACCCCCGACUACGAUACCUUGAUGGUUAUUCAGGCCGCGAGGCGGCUCUAUAACCCAACUGGAAAGAAGCUACCCCUACCCGUGGUGGUGGAGCUCAACCGCCGACUCGCCAUGGGAUAUGAGAAGUACAAGGACGACACCCGCAUCGUCAAGCUACAGAAAUCGGUGAAGGAGUACAACAGGCAGCUUCGCUACCUCAACAUUCGCGACCACCAGGUCCAAUAUGCCAAGAUGUCAUGGCCCAAGGUGGUGGUGGCGUUUUUCUACCGACUGACCAAGCUGCUGCUCCUGUCGGCCGCCGUCCUCCCUGGCUUAGUUCUCUUCGGGCCUGUCUUUAUCGCCACCAAGAUUAUCAGCCGGCAAAAGGCCAAGACAGCCUUGGCCGGGUCCUCGGUGAAGAUCGAGGGCAAGGACGUCAUGGCAACGUGGAAGUUGCUAGUAGCCAUGGCCUUCGCACCUGUGCUCUACAACUUUUAUACUUCGCUACUCGCUUACAAGGUUUAUCAGGACCGUCUAUGGGGCCGAGUCCCUGAGUGGGUGCCCAUCUGGAUGGUAUUUUUGACUGGGUGGAUCGUGUUCCCGGCUAUCACAUUUGCUGCCCUUCGCUUUGGUGAGGUCGGCAUGGAUAUCCUCAAGUCGCUCCGCCCACUCGUGAUGUGCAUCAACCCAUCGAGCAGUUACAACAUACACCAGCUCCGCGAGCGCCGUGCCGAGCUAAGCGCUCAGGUCACGGAGGUCAUCAACACUCUGGGGCCCGAAAUGUUUCCCGAUUUCGAGCACACGCGCCUCGUUGAUCCCUCGACUCAUAGCCCGACGGCGACCACCAGGGCGUCGGCCGACCAGUCCUCGCCAACGCAGCUGACGUUUUCCAAGGAGCACCGCCGCGGACACAGCGGUAUGUCGUCGCCCAGCACGCCCGGCGUCGUUGGCGGCUUGGAAAGCCCGACAUCGUCAUCGUCGGCACUUCUCUCCCUCUCACGUCGCGCCACGACGCAGUCAAGCCGCGCCAUCCCGCGCAACGAGUCAUUCUCCGACAUUGGCCAAGUACAGCUGUUCGCGACGCGGCCGCCUUCGCGUAAUCGCAGCCGUAGCAGCAGCAGCGGCGGCGGCGGCCCAGGCAGCGGGUUUGGGUCGAUGGCAGGCUUCCCGGUGGGCAAGUUCACGACGCUGGAUUCAAAGGAGGGAUUUGAUGAGGCGAGCAAGAAGAUUCGCGAGGCGAUGCGGGAGCGCGGCGAGAUAAGGAGACGCAAGAGCUCGAAGGCGUCGAGGGGAAGCGGUGGCGGCGGCGGUUUCUUUGAGACUAAUGCCACUGAUGAUGACGAUGACGAACGAGAUGGCUUGUAUGAUGAGGCGAGGAAGAAGGAGACGUAG